GUGAACCCGGUGAAUCUCGGACGGAAGUCGCGGGCGGCGUUUGAGAACGUCUUCAAGCAGCUGACGUCGUUGACGUCGUUUCAAAAGUCCACGGCGCCGACGAACGCGAGAGAGUUUGAUCAGGUCUACGACGCGGAUUUGCUCAGUGGGAGCUCGGUGGGGGAGUUCGAGACGCCGAACGCGAAGUUUACGACGGUGUUGGUCACGGGGGCGACGGGGCGCAUAGGUCGCGUUUUGAUUCGCAAGCUCUUGUUGCGCGGAUACACAGUCAAGGCGCUCGUGCGUCGCCAGGAAGACGUCGAGAAGCUUCCGGGUUUGGUACAAGUCAUCGUCGGGGACGUCGGGGAGAAAGAAGUGAUCAAAAAUGCCAUGAUUGGCGUGAACAAGGUGAUUUACUGCGCGAGCGCAAAAACCUCCGUCACGAGCGACUUGUACAACGUCGCCGACCAAGGUGUGAAGAACGUGGUAUCGUGCAUGCAAGACUACUAUCACAUGCUCGCUUCCCGUCGCGCCGGUCGCAGCGCCAAGUCCAAGGUGAUGUUGACCAACUUCAAGCACCCGACGGCGUACGAGGCGUGGGACCGUGUGAACUUCGAUCCGCUCUACCCCGAAGACGAGGACAAACCUUUCGAAUUCGCGACGUUCAACGGUUUCAUCACCUCUCGUACGGGUAAGGCUGAAGUGAGCUCAAACGUCGAAGGUUUGCAAGCCGACGUCGACUUUUCAGCCAAGGAAGGUUUGUUGUUCCGUUUGAAGGGCGACGGGAAGCGCUACAGCGUGAUGCUCACGCAGGACGAUGGUUCCAAGUUCAGAUUUUCGUUCAACACCACUGGGGGAUGGCAAGUCAUUCGUAUGCCGUUUCACAAAUUCGUCAGUGAAGGGAAAACUUCUUGGGGAGACGACGGCGACGCCAUUCUCGACUUGACGAGAAUCGAGAAGAUUGGCGUUCGCUUCGAUGCGAGAAAGAACCAACGCGAGACGACGAUGUCAGACGUGAUGAGUGGGAACAAUAACAUGUUCAACUUGACGCUCGAGUACGUCAAGGCGAUUCCCAAGGGCGAGGAACCCGAUGUCAUUUUGGUUUCGUGCUUCGGCGCCGGUUUGGAAGAGGGCGAAGAAAAGGAACGUAUCCUGAAGAUAAAGCGUGACGGUGAACGCGUGCUGCGCAACUCUGGUGUAGGAUACACCAUCGUUCGCCCGGGUGAGCUCGUCGAAGAGGCUGGUGGGGGCAAGGCGUUGGUUUUCGAUCAAACCGAACGCAUCAACACGCCGAUUUCUUGCGCCGACGUCUCCGACGUCUGCGUCAAGGCGAUGCACGACGAAGAGGCGCGUAACAAGAGCUUCGAUGUCGGCUACGAGUACGAAAGCGAGCAAGCCGAGUACGAGCUGAUCACCCAAGUCAAAGGCAAAUCCGACAACUACCUCACUCCGGCGUUGAAGGUGCUCGAAAAGAACUCGUAA